AUGAGUGAUUCUCUUGAAAGUGGAAUGGGUUCCACAAGUAGCACACCUUCUAUGCCUCAUGUUAGGGUUGCACAUCAACCCACAAUGCUAGAGAUGGCUACUAAGCAAGACAAGAAAUCAUUGGGCAUGUUGGUAACUGAUUUUUUUGUCAACAAUAACAUUUCCUUCAAUGUUAUUCUAACAAAUUCUUUUAUUGAGAUGCUAAGGGGUGCAUGUGUGUAUGGUACAAGUUAUGUUGUACCUAGUUAUAGCAAUCUUCGGACCAGUUUGAUUCUUGGAAGAAAAGCAGAAAUCAUGCAAUAUGUUAGCAAUAUAAAGGCGACAUGGGGUAUCACAAGUUGCACAAUUAUGUCUAAUUCUUGGACUGACAUAAAGAAGAGGUCAUGGGUUAAUGUGAUUGCUUACUCUCCUGGGGGUGCUGUGUUUUUUAAAUGUAUUGAGUGCGGUAUAAAUAGAUUAACUUCCACAUUUCUUUUCAAUGUUGUGCAAUUUAUUUCAGAUAAUGGUUCUAACUUUUGUUUUUGUGGUGAUAUGUUGUCUGAAAAAUGGCGUCAUAUAUAUAGAACAAAUUAUGCUGCUCAUGGGAUUAAUCUACUUUUGAAAGAUAUUCACAAAAAAGUUAAAUGGGUGAGGGAAGUUAUAAAAGAUGGAAAACUUGUAAUGGAUUAUAUUCACAGGCACACAGGUCCUGUAGCAUUGAUGAGAAAAUUCACCAAUAAUAGAGAUAUCAAGCAGCCUUGCAAGACAAGGUUUGGUACUUAUUUUUUUAUGCUGCAGUCUCUUAUUGUUGUUGAGAAUGAGUUGAGGCUUUUUGUUGCAUCAUCUGAGUGGAGAGCCUUUCAAUUCAAUAAAGCUGAAAUGGCAGUAAGAACUAUUGGAAUAAUUCAAUCAGAUACAUUUUGGGAGGGGGUAAAGGAAGUUGUUGCUUUCAUGGAGCCACUUAUUCGUAUUCUUCGCCUUGCUGAUUCAGAUGGUUCUACUGUAGGUUACUUAUAUGAAGCAGCAGAAAGGGCAAAAGAAACAUUGAGAAAAUUUGUGGAGAAUGAUGGAGGGAAGUAUUUAACCAUAAUGGAUUUGUUUCAAUUUAGGUUAGAGAAGAACAUUAUUCAUCAUGUUCAUCUCUUUGGUGCACUUUUGAAUCAUUCUAUUAUGUUUGGUGGUCGAUUUGAUAUUGAUAGAACUAAAUUAUGA